AUGGGAUGGGUUGCGAAUGGGACGUGUGGAUGCCCGGUGGAUGUGAAGGGUUCACUCUCAAUUCAGGUUCGCUCAGGUGGGUGCAACCAUCCUACCACCCUGCUCCUGUCCGUCCUGUGUCCUCGUCCUCGCACUCACUCACGCACUCAUGCACUCACUCAUACUCCAAAGCUGGAGUCGGAGACUCGGAGGAGUCCAGCUGCUGAUGCCGCUGCUCACUGCACAAAUCCCCCAAUGUCACUCAAAUGCAUCCUCGACAUGUAG